UGUAUGAUACAAUUUUUAUGAGACCAACAUUAUAAUCAAACUUUACUUACAGUCGCAUAACUAAUAUUUCAAUUAUAAGCAGUAUUUCUAUUAAGACUACAAGAGAAAUGUAUCAAAUUGUCAUCACUUUAAUUGCUGUGUUAUAUCAAACAUGUGACGCAACAAAUUACAUACCGUCGGUAAAUCUGGUGAACGGCAAAAAAAUACCAAUCAUUGGUUUGGGUACAUACGCUCUGACCAGUGAUCAAAAUGUUAUGACAAAAGUGAUCAAUGAAGCCAUUGAUUUUGGUUAUAGACAUAUAGAUACGGCUUAUAUAUAUGAAAAUGAAGAAUUAAUAGGAAGAGCUCUGAACGAGAUCUUCCAAAACAAUAAGACUAAAAGGGAUGACUUGUUUAUCACAAGCAAAGUGUGGAACACUUACCAUAAGAGAGAACAAGUUGUCGAAGCCAUGAAAUUAUCAAUGAAUAUGUUAGGAGUCGACUAUUUAGAUCUGGCAUUAGUUCACUGGCCACUGGCCUACAGAUCAGGAACCGGAUCUUUGAGACCAUUAAACGCUAACAAUAUGACUGAUGAUAUCAACAUCAGUGUUGUCGAAACGUGGAAAGGUAUGGAAGACGCCUAUAAACUGGGUUUGGCUAAGAGUAUUGGAGUUUCCAAUUUUAAUUCACAACAAUUAACACUUAUAUUAAAAGAAGCAUUUCUUAAGCCAGUUAUAAAUCAGAUUGAAGUGCAUCCAUAUCUAUCUCAAGAAAAAUUAGUCGAGUUUUGCAAAAGUAACAGCAUUUCAGUGACUGCUUACUGUCCAUUAGGAAAGGCAACUAAAGAAAUACUUAAUGAUCCGGUGCUGACUGACAUCGCAACAAACAAUAACAAAACAGUGGCUCAGGUGAUGCUUAGAUGGCUUAUACAGAGAGACAUUGUGGUCAUACCUAAGACUUCAAAAACCAAUAGACUUUCUGAAAAUAUCAAUAUUUUUGAUUUUCAAUUGACUGACGAAGAGAUGAAAAGCAUAUUUUCAUUAAACAAGAAUCAGAGGAUCAUUACUUCAACACUUUCUGCUAACAAUCCUAACUAUCCAUUUGCUAUACCUUACAGACGAUAAAUAGGAUUAUUUGUAAUUCAAUAUUAUAAUUGAAUUUAUUUUAAAUUACGAAUUUAUGAAUUUAAACGUUUUACCAAUUAUUAUAUAAUUAACAAAUGCAAUUUGAAAAUAAAAUGUUUGUUUAACUAAUACAAUUUAUUUGA